AUGAAAUAUGUAACAUACUUCCGGUUUACAUCGUCAAAGUUUCUGUUAGAUGUCCCGGGGCGAUGUCAAACUGUUGGAAGUGAAAUGUGGCGCCACGAACUGCUGGUGCGGGCGGCGUCGUCUUCGGGCGAGCGGCCAGCAGGAGGGGCGGCGGCGGCAGGAGGAGGAGGAGGCGCUCAGGUCGUGCUGCAGGUCCGCGUGGCCGACGUCAACGACAACCGGCCGUACUUCGUGUCCCCGGGGCCGGUCGUCACCGUCAUCGAGGAGGACGACCGCGAUCUGCCGCAGACGCUGACCAGGGUAGAGGCUUCGGACGGCGAUGGGCGUGCGGGCGGGGCGGGGUUGCGCUACUCUCUCGCGGGGGACGGAGUGGACGGCCUCACGCCCUCAGAGGCCUCCUUCGCCGUCGACGCCCACACGGGGGAGCUCAUACAACUGAAGGCUCUGGACCGCGACCCCCCCAACGGGAAGGGCGUGUGGAGGGUGAAGGUGCGGGUGCAGGAUGGACAGAGGAUUUUCUCCCGCUCCAGAGGCAGGCCGGAGCCCCCGCGGACCCCCCAGCGGGCUCCUAGAUUCAACAUGGAGGCGACGGAGGCCGAGGGAGGAGCCUGGCGGGGCAGCUCGAAGUCGCUGCGCUAUCUCUUGGACGGGAAUGUAGCAGAUUUCUCCAGGCACAGCGACGGCGGCAAGCAGACCAGCAAGAGGCGAAGGCACUGGCUGUCUGGGAGCACGAGGUGGAGGGAGAUCAGGAAGAGGGAGGCCCCAGGAGCACAGGAUGCGGGAGAGGAGGCGAUACCAGAGCCCGAAGAAAUCCUUGUCUCCACGACGAGGUGGAGAGAGGCGCCCCAAGGAGGGCAUUCGCUCCCUGAUGAAUUCCGGUAUCAUUCUCGUCAAAAUACAAACGUCGCGGGAUCUAAAAGAAAGAGAAAACGACAGACGGAAGGAUUGUCAUCUAAGGAUCCGUUGCGAAAUGACGAUGGAAUCCACAGUGGUUCCAUCGAAGAGCAGAGGCGGUCGAGACGCCAUAUAUCUCAGCAUGGGGUCCCUUUGCCCCCGCUCUCACGUCUCGAGCCGCACGACGCCCUGUCCACGCUGUAUCCUCCGACGCGAAGAGGCAAGGCUAGUGCAGCCUCGGCGGGAUCGAAGGGGGAGAGCGAGGCUAGAGUCUCGUCUUCCGCAGACUUGCCUUGGCGGAGUCAAGCGGCUGGCGAGGAGGUCUCGGAACUCUUUAAAGACCGGUCUGCGGGACUGAACCGAAAAGGAAUCCAGGCUCAUCACCUGCCCACCGGAGCCUCCAGCAGCUCCAAGGGCCGAAGAGGCCGCACGAGCUCUGGUUCGAACGCUGCUCAAGCGAACGACCCUGAAGCUUCCGAAGAAGGCGCUGACGCCCCUCCUGUCUGGAACCCGCUCGCACUCCCCCUCGGAGAGAGCAUCAGGGCGUCCAGAUCCGCCCGAGCCUCGAGCUUCCGCUGGAAUAAGCAUUACCUGAGCUACCUGGUGGACCAGCGCGACCUGCUCUCGGACGCCAGGAGGUGCAAGUUCGUGAGCAUCUUCGACAGGAACCGAAGUCACUACAACGUCACCGACCGGGACUUCCAGACCGCCGCAGGAGGGGGCGACGCUGCAGGAGAAGAAGGAAGAGGCUGGGAAGUGCAGGGACAAGUGCUCAGGCUGGAGGACACGCACUUCGCAGAGACGGAGGUCACGGUGCUCGUCAAGGACAUCAACGACAACGCCCCCGUGUUCCCCAACGCCACCAUGUACGGCGCCGUGCAGGAGAACGGCCCCGCGGACCUCUCCGUCGCCGUGGUCUCCGCCUGGGACGCUGACGACGCCACCGAAGGGACCAACGCCCGCCUCAGUUACUCCAUCGAGAAGAACGUGGUGGACGAAGGGUCCGGCGAGGCCAUCUUCGCCGUGGAGGCCGAAACGGGCGUCAUUCGCACGGCGCUUUGCUGCUUGGACAGGGAGACGACGCCCGAGUACACGAUCCAGGUCGUGGCGACGGACGGGGGCGGUCUGAAGGUGGGACCUCGAGGUGGACGAGACGCGGGGACUGCGGCUCCGGACAACAGGACCCUCCUCGAGCUCGUGGCCACGGACAGGACAACGGCCAACUUGAUGUACUAUCGGUGUUUCUAG